AUCAAUCUGUGCCGCUAGACUUAGCAGCUACAGGUAUUGAUUUAAACCACCACAAAGGCUUGUAUAACCAGUGAGAAAAGAAACAAAGCAAGGAGAGAUGAGCUGCUUCUACUUCUCUGCUGAAACAUGGACUCUUCUGGUGGCUUUUAUCACGCUACUCCUUGUGUAUGCGUACUGGCCUUAUGGGACAUUUAAGAGAUUAGGCAUUCCUGGUCCUAAACCAGUUCCCUUUUUUGGCACCAUGCUGGCCUACAGAAAGGGAUUCUUCAGUUUUGAUGAAGAUUGCCAUAAAACAUAUGGGAAAACGUGGGGCAUUUAUGAUGGCCGUCAGCCUGUGCUGUGCAUCACAGAUCCAACCACCAUUAAAGCCGUUCUGGUUAAGGAGUGUUACUCUCUUUUCACCAACCGCAGAAAUUUUGGUCUGAAUGGGCAGCUGUACGACGCCGUCUCUAUUGCUGAAGAUGAUCAGUGGAGGAGGAUCCGCAGCGUUCUGUCUCCUUCCUUCACCUCAGGAAGACUCAAAGAGAUGUUUGACAUCAUGAAGCACCAUUCUGCUAACCUGGUCAGCAGCAUGAAAAAGAAGGCAGACAAGGACGAACCCUUAGAGCUGAAGGAGUACUUUGGUCCGUACAGCAUGGAUGUGGUCACCAGCACAGCCUUCAGUGUGGACAUCGACUCCCUGAACAACCCCUCAGACCCUUUUGUCAAUAACAUCAAAAAGAUGCUCAAGUUUGACUUUCUGAACCCUCUGUUCCUCAUAGUUGCUUUCUUUCCAUUCCUUUGUCCAUUACUGGAGAAGAUGGAGUUUUCCUUUCUACCUUCAGGCGUCACAGACUUCUUUUACGCUGCUCUGCAGAAGAUCAAGUCGAAUCAUGAGAACAACAAGCAAAAGAGUCGAAUUGACUUCCUGCAGCUGAUGAUCGACUCCCAAAAGAACAACCAGAACGGCCAGCUGGAUAAAGGUUUAAGUGAUCAUGAGAUCCUUUCCCAGUCCUUGACUUUCAUCUUUGCCGGCUAUGAAACCACCAGCAGCUCUCUGACGUUCUUGGCUUACAAUCUGGCAACAAACCCAGAGGUCAUGAAGAAGCUGCAGAAGGAGAUAGACGCCACCUUCCCUAACGAGGCUCCCAUUCAGUACGUACCACUGAUGGAGAUGGAGUACCUGGACUGUGUCGUCAAUGAAUCUCUCCGACUGUUUCCCAUAGCGGCACGUCUGGAGCGUGUGGCCAAGGCAACUGUGGAGAUUAAUGGGCUGGUGAUUCCUAAAGAUAUGGUUGUCAUGAUUCCCACAUGGCCAAUACACAGAGACCCUGAACUGUGGCCUGAACCAGAGAAAUUUAAACCUGAGAGAUUCAGCAAGGAGAACAAAGAAACUAUCGAUCCCUACACCUACAUGCCAUUUGGGGUAGGACCGAGGAACUGCAUUGGGAUGAGAUUUGCUCUGGUGAUGAUGAAACUUGCAGUGGUGGAGAUCCUCCAGAAAUAUGAUUUCUCUGUGUGUAAGGAAACAGAGGUCCCCCUCAAACUGGGUAUCCAAGGCUUCAUUACACCAAAGCGACCCAUCCAACUUAAACUGGUGCCUCGCACUGCAACAUCCACUUAGAAAAACACAAAGAGUCUUGUUUAGAUGCUGAUGUUUACAUUUCUACCGAACAAAGAAGCACCAAAAUAAUUUCUUCUCCACAUUUGUUUAAACAUUGGAUUUCAAGGUUUUAUCCUUAGCUAAUCUACGAAAGAAAAAUGCCUGAACCCUAAACAUUUAUAAAGAUUAUUUCUGUUAUAUUUUAGUCAUGAUACUUUUAUGUUAUUAAUUUUACAUUCCAUUUAAAUUUUUAAAAGUUGUUGAAAGUUGACUGCAAAACAAGCUCAGAUCAUUCCUGUACCAACAUUUAAUAUUAACAAAGCCUGUGUGCAAGUUUGUAGCAUACUUCCUUGAAAGUGAGUUUGACCAUUUUUGCUUAAAUGUUCUUUCCUUUUUAUGUCCUGAACAUUGUUCUCAGCGUUAAGGUCAAAGAACUAGAGCGUCCAUGCUGUCUUUAGACUUCCUUAAAGUAAAACUUUAAAAUAAACUAAAUGUAUUAUGUUUUCUUUUUUAUUGUCUCAUUACCCUAAAGUUUAACAAAUGGAAUAUGGCUUAAAAGUUUUGAGAAGCAGCUUGUUUUUUUAAUUUUUUCUAAAAGUGUUUAUUGUAUUUUUUUUUAGAUAAUGUAUGAAUAUUUUUUUCCCAAUUAAGGUCAUUAAAAGUUCAUAUGGUUUAUGGUGCAAAGACUUUGGUCUGCCAGAAAUCAGGAUUCUGAGUCGCUUCACAAUUAAACUAGUGAGUUGAAGUCGAGUCGUCAUCACAUCUGGACCAAUAUUGCAAUUUUGUUACACCAGUAAUAGGUUGGAGUGGUAAGGGGCUGUAAGCUAGUGAGAGAGAGUGUAAACAAAGUGAUGAUGGGGAAAAAAAAUAAACGCUUACCUUGAUAAGUGGAAACAGAUCAUUACAGCGAAGCAGAGAAUAGAAGUGAAUCAAAAGAGUCACAUUAGCAUUUGAAGGGAAAAAAAUCAUCACAAAAAAGUUGGUAAAAAAUCAUGGUCUGCAGUUAAAAAGGUUAAUGUUUUUUUUAUGAAUGUAUGAUAUGCAAUGCUUAUUAACUUUGGUUUUUUUCUCUUAUUCUGAGUAAUUAUCACUUCCGAAUAAAGAUCGACUAUUAACUUUGAUUUGUCUGCUUCAGUCUGCCUCAGUCCUUGGUUUCUGCCUAUUGUAGCAGAAGUCCAGGGUAGAGGAGUGUGGCUCAUGUCUUUUUCUUCUCAACAUCAGGUAAAGAGCAAAUUAAAGAACUUAAUCAGCUGAUCAAAUACUGCAUCUGUCUAAAACAGGGGUGGGCAAACUUCUCAACUUGUGGGCCACGAAGGGUUCUAAAAUUUGACAAUAGGGCCAAAUUAUGAUCAGAUGGGUGGAUUUUCUAUGAUAAUCCCAUCUCAUAAGAGAAAAAAAUAAUAUCGAAUCUGGACAAAAACAUUCUUUAAUUUUGAUUGAAAAUAAUUAAUUAAUACACUUCAAAACAGAACAUUUUGGUGUUUUUAUUUCAAGAUUGUGUAUUUUGUUCUCAUUUUAGUGCAAAUUGCUCCAACGGAUUUAUAUCCCUCAGGGAAAAACACAGACUUCAUGUGGUGUUGGAAUGGUCGGAAAAAGGACUUUCCACCUCAGAAAACCACCUGUAAAUAUGAGAAAAAUCAACAAAUCUUCUAUUACUACAUGAAUAAAGAAAAACUUAAAAGCCUAAACAAAGGUCGUUGGAUUUAUAGUGCACCAUAUAUGGCUAGAUACCAGAAUUAAGAGAAAAUUAAAUUUAAUAAGGAUGAUCAAUAAAAUGUAUUCUAGUUUGGUGGGCCAAAAUAAAUGGUUUUAGGGCCAUUGUCUGCCCACCCCGGUCUAAAACGUAGCCAAUUAAAUUGUAUAAAAGCAGAAAAUCUGUAUGCUAUUUACAUGAAAAAUUAAUUGUGUUUUGGCCAUCUAAGUUGGAUUGGCCUCACAUUUAAUAAAGCAAUGAUUGUUCUUGUACUCGUGCAUUUAAAAUGAAAUUAAACUGGACAUUGUACAAAUUUUAUUUAUUUUUUAAAUAACUUUUAAAAACGUAAUGCAGACGUUGACAGCACUUCUAUACCAAAAGGAGGUCCUUCAACCUGAUCCUCAUUAAAGGAGUUCUACACUACAGUAGCACACUCAUGUGGCUGGCUUGUGUAGCUUUGGCUCCUCUGUGUCCUCUGUGCUCCUGCUCCCUGAUCCAGUCUCCAGAGUUUUUGGCCAUCUUGUUCUUUCUAUGUUUAUAAACAGUGGAGAGAUAAAAAAAAAAAAAAAAAAAAAAAA